AUGCCACGAAAGGUCAUAGCAGACUCCCUCACCCCGACGGCGAGCACCAGUUCGUCACCCGCCUUCUUAGUUGCCUUCAAUUACAUCGUCCUCGAAAAUCUCGUCCACUCGUUUCAUGAGGAAAUCCAAGCCGUCAAGGCCCGCGCCUUUUCCGACUUACAAAUCGCCAUCGAGGCCUGCUGCGAAGAGGAAACCACCGCACUUUAUAGCAAGCGGUGA